GACGCUGGCCAUGGUGCGGAGCAGGUACCUGGCCCAUGUGGGCCGGCAGAGCCUGGUGCGGGAGGAGAAGGAGCUGCUCAAGCAGCUGGUGAGGAGGAGCUGCUGAGAAUGCAGCUGGAUGAUUCCAGUUCCGACGGGGGGUCCCCGAACCCCGAGAGCGCCCGGGACGCCCUGAAGUCGGGGCUGAGAAGCGACCCCGCAGCGGCUCCGACUCGUCGUGGGGGGGCCCCAAGGACAUGGCGAGAAAGAAACAGGCGACUGGAUCAGGGUUCUGAGGCCCGUUCUGAUGAGGAGGAUUCUGGGAUUGAUUCGAGGAAGCCGAAACUGGCUCCUGGCCAGGAGGAUGCCGGGAAAUCCGGGCACGGAUCGUGUGAGGACGAGGGGGAUUCUGGGGCAGAGGAGACACCAGACCGGGGUGGCGCCGGCAGAGAGCGCGACUCCGAAUGGGCGGCCGGCAGCGAGGGAACGAAGCAGCCCCCGAGGAGGAGAGCAGAGGGAGCCGAGGCAGGCCGGCCGGGGAAGAAGCGAGCGAGAGAGGCAGAGCGGAGGGGUGACUGUGGGGAGCAGAUGGGGAAAGCGAACGGGGUCACAGCUCAGAUGCAGGAGGAGUCGGGGAGUGAAUCGGCAGUGGAGGAGGAGGAGUUUAAGCGGCAGAAGCAGACAGGGAAGACGGGAGCGAGGAAGACCAAGCGGAGGAGUGAUAGCGAGGAGGAGGGGGACAGCAAGAAAAAGGGAAGGAUGAAGGCUCAGGCGGAAGUGGGGAGCGACUCUGAGGUGAACGAGAAGGAGUGUCAGAGCAGAAAGGGGCAGGAAGAAGAGAACGAGGAAGCCGGGAGAUGGAGUGAUAGUGAGGAGGAAGAGAACAAGGAGAAGAGGACAAAGGCUCAGAGAGAGGAGGAAUCAAGGAGCGAGUCAGAGGAGGGUAGGAGCCGGAAGCCGACAGGGAAGAAGGGAACGAAGGAGGCCGAGUGGAGGAGUGAUAGUGAGGCUGAGGAAGUGGGCAGCAGGAAGAGGGGCAGGUUGACGGCUCAGAAGAGGGAGGAAUUGGGGAGCGAGUCGGAAGCGGAGGGUAGGAGCCGGAAGCUGGCAGGGAAGAAGGGAAUGAAGGAGGCCGAGCGGAGGAGUGAUAGCGAGGCUGAGGAAGUGGGCAGCAGGAAGAAGACAAAGGCUCAGAAGUGGGAGGAAUUGGGGAGCGAGGGGGGUAGGAGCAGGAAGCCGGGAAUGAAGGAGGCGGAGCUGGAGAGGAAGAAGAGGACGACGAAGGCCCAGAGUGAGGAGGAAUCGGGGAGCGAGGAGGAGGAGGGUGAGAGCAGGAAGGGAAGGAGGAAGGCCGAGCAGGGCAGCGAGAGCGAGGAGGAGGAGGGUGGUGGGAGCAGGAAGGGGACGGGGAAAGAGGGAAGGAGGAAGGCCAAGCGGGGCAGCGAGAGCGAGGAGGAGGAGGGUGAGAGCAGGAAGGGAAGGAGGAAGGCCGAGCAGGGCAGCGAGAGCGAGGAGGAGGAGGGUGAGAGCAGGAAGGGGACGGGGAAAGAGGGAAGGAGGAAGGCCAAGCGGGGCAGCGAGAGCGAGGAAGAGGAGGGGAAGGUGCAGGCGAGGCAGAGGGGCAGCUCUGAGACAGACGACGACGACUCUUCAUCCUCCUCCUCCGCACAGGAUGAGAACAACAGCCCCAACCCAGGCUUCCGGCGCAAGAAGGGAAAGGCACCAGGCAGCGGGGGGGCCGGCCCGGCGGAGGAGCACCCGGCGGUGCGGCGGCUGAAGCGCUACAUCCUGGCCUGUGGCGUGCGGCGGAACUACAGGAAGCUGCUGGCCGGGUGUCGCUCCGUCAAGCAGCGGGUCGGGGUCUUGCGCCGGGAGCUGGAGGCCAUUGGGCUGCAGGGGAACCCCUCUCUGGAACGGUGCCGGGCGCUGCGGCUGCGCCGGGAGGAGGCAGCCGAGGUGGCAGCGCUGGACGUAGGGAACAUCAUCGCCUCGGACGGCCGUCCCCGGCGCCGGAACAUCUGGAGCCUGUACAGCACUCCCCCGGCCGACCCCCCAGUCGCCGACGGGGGCCCCCCAGCCCGGCACCCAGUGGACUGGUCCAGCCUCCGCGGCGUGAUCAGCAGUGACGCAGAGAGCGACUGAGGCUGGGGGGCAGCGCCUGGGUAUAACACCCCCCCUGCCCACUGUGGGGCUCACCCCUGCUUGGAAGGGCCCAUUGUUUGUGGGGGGCAGGUCAGGGAGUGCCCCCUGUUGGAUAGGGGGGCAAAUCCGUCUCCCAUUCCACACUUGGUAGGGAGCAGGUAUGGGGCUCCAGGGCCGAUUUAGGAUGAACUUGGGACAGAAAUCGGCGGGGGGGUAACCUCUAGGAAUUCCCCCCCCGACUGGUGUCUGGCACUUUGAGGUGCUCCCACCCAUCACCCCAAAACUGGAGGUUGGGGACCCCAUAGCCACUAGCGGGGUCCUCCCUGCAGUGCUGGGGGGGGGAGCCAGAGGUGACCCCAGAAUAUUCCCACACUGGCCCCUCAAUGAAGGAUGCUGGGGCAGGGGGCUGGAUGUGUCCUGGCUUGGGGGGCACCCCAUAGUUCUACACCUGGGCGGCAAUUCCCCCCACAUUGACCCUGAGCCCCCCAGUUGUAAAUGUCUUUGUUUUAUUUAUUUAUAGGAGUUUUUUAUAUUAUAAAAUAAAGUGAAUUUUAUUAUUUAA